AUGUUCAUACAGCGACUGCUACCUCUAGGGAUCCUCCUGUGGCCCACCUCUGUUGGGGGAAAUCCUACUAAAUGCGUUCACUACCCACAUUCGAGAAAGUGCUGGCUACCUGGCUUCGAUAUUACCGACUAUGAGAAAGAAAUCCCCCCCGGUGGAUUAGUCGAGUACGAGCUCACUGUGUCUAAUCAAGUCAUCUCUCCGGAUGGAUACCUGACUAAUGGAAUGGUGAUCAAUGGGCAAUACCCAGGACCAACCAUUGAGGCGAAUUGGGGCGACACUUUGCGGGCGAUAAAGAUCCACGGACCAAGUAGCAUGGACUAUGAUGUCGACUUAGGCCCAGUUUUGAUGAGCGAUUGGUACCAUGAAGAUGCGUUCGCACUAUAUCCCACUGAGAUCUUGACACCACAGGCACCCCUUCCGGAAAGUAAUGUCAUGAACGGGAAAGGGGUCUUUGAUUGCGAUCCAUUAACAGACUUGCGUGAACACGGGAAUUCUUCUUACAAAUUUUGGAUUGAUGGGCAUAACUUCACUGUCGUUCAGAAUGACUUUGUGCCCAUUCAACCGUACGAGACGGAUGUUUUGAUUGUUGGAAUUGGACAACGAUUUGAGAUUGUCAUCAAGGCAAAUGCCAACUUCACCCACGGGACCAACUUUUGGAUGCAUGCAAACUACUGUGACAAUGACACCUGGGAGUCCCGACUCGGUAUCAUCCGGUAUGAUGCUCUGAAUACCAGCAAUCCCCAUACGUCCCCUGUGAGCGAGCAGCACUACGGAUUCGGCUGUCAGGAUCCCCCACCAGAGAGCCUUUUCCCCAUUGUGAAGAGGCAGGUGGGUCAAAACGUGAACAGCUUCGACACACCGGACUACCUGCGCACCGGACUGUAG